UACUAGAAUAGACUGCUACUUGAGACAGGCAUGAAACGCAAGUCCGAGCAUCUUUUGGUUGUGCAGUAAAAAAAAGAAAAGAAAAGAAAAUUAUAAAAAUCUUUAAAAAAAGUUAUAAAAAUAUUUUUUUUUCCAGUCACUUGAAACUAACAUUAAGGAAUGGCAUUGGACUUUGCAGCAGGAUGUAUGGGAGGUGCUGCUGGUGUGUUGGUUGGACAUCCUUUUGAUACCGUUAAGGUCAGACUUCAGGUACAAAGUGUGGACAAGCCUCUGUAUCGCGGAACGUACCACUGCUUCCAGUCUAUUGUUCAUCAAGAAUCUAUUUCUGGGCUCUACAAAGGUAUUGGCUCCCCAAUGAUGGGCCUGACUUUCAUCAACGCCAUCGUAUUUGGUGUACAAGGCAACGCAAUGCGCAUGUUGGGCAAGGAUACCCCUCUUAACCAGUUUCUGGCAGGCGCUGCAGCCGGGGCUAUCCAGUGCGUCAUUUGUUGCCCAAUGGAGCUAGCCAAGACUCGCAUGCAGCUGCAAGGCACGGGAGAGAAGAAGUCUUCCAGGAAGAUGUACAAGAACUCGCUGGACUGCUUGGUCCGCAUCUACAAGAAAGAAGGCAUUAGGGGCAUCAACCGUGGCAUGCUAACCACCAUUAUCCGCGAGACGCCUGGAUUCGGAGUGUAUUUCCUGGCCUACGACGUCCUGACGCGUUCACUGGGAUGCGAAGCAGACGACCUGUACAUCAUUCCCAAGCUGCUCUUCGCAGGGGGCAUGUCUGGGAUUGCGUCCUGGUUAUCUACCUAUCCAGUGGACGUUAUUAAGUCCCGCCUCCAGGCAGAUGGCGUAGGCGGAGUUCAUAAAUACAACGGAAUUAUGGACUGUGUCCGUCAGAGCUGGCAGAGGGAGGGCUGGAGGGUUUUUAGUCGAGGUCUGACCUCUACUCUUCUCAGAGCUUUCCCAGUCAACGCCACCACGUUCGCCACAGUGACUCUGUUCCUCAUGUACAUGCGAAACGAUGGCAGUGUGAAAGACUGUGAGCCUGAGCCUCAGCCUGUACAGCAAACACAGCUCCAAACUUCAAGCCUCUAAUCGGAUCUCAUAUUCGGUCUCUUCAGACAUAAUAAAUAUUAUACAGUGCCUGUAUUUUCCCCUCUGUACAUAUCCUGUUGGGGUUCAAUUGUACCAGUUAUACUAGAAACAUUAUCAGCAAAAUUAUAGCUGCUUUCAAAGUUUUAUUUCUAAAUAGUAACACACUGUGCAGGAUUUUUAUUUAUAUAUUUUUUUUGACCCAAGGUUCUGAAAGAAACUCAAAGCAUGUUUUUCGUAAGUUUCUCUCUUCAGUGCUGCUAUGAUUUUUUUUUGUCUUCAGAAUGUAUAUUAGUCCAGGAAUUUGGAUCGAAUCAAGUUGGUAUGGGGAAACUUAUGAGCAAGCAAAAUCGUUAAUGCCAAACUGUAUUAAACUGAGUAAAGGCCAAGCGGGGAUGGAGUCAAGUCUGUUUCAUAGAAAGACAAAGAUAUGGGUCCAAAAAAAAAACUUAAAAAAAACUGCAGAAAUGUCACUAGCUUUUUUUUUUUUUUUUUUUGCUGAAGUGUUUUUCUGAAGUGUUGAAUUUAUAUAAUAUAUGGCCAGAAGUAUGUGAGCACCUGUCCAUCACACCAAGCAUUUCCACUAGAUUAUGAUUCUAUUAUGAGCAGGACACUCGAAUGUGUUUCUCGUCCUGCUUCAGCAAGCAAUGUCUGAUCAGAAGUGGACAGUUUGGACGCAUAGAUAGAUCACAUCCACAGAUCAGAUCAGAACAACGACUGAUCAGAUGACAAGUGGACAGCUUGGACACACACAUGUUUACACCUGGUAUUAAUAAUGCGUCUCUGGAGACCAGAUCAGAUUUUAUACAUUUCCCACUAUAGGAAGUCUGCGUUUGUGCAUCUUUACAGGCUGUAUUUAAUCGUGUGUUCUGCUAACAAUAAGAUAUAAACGAAAGAGAUAAAGGGCGAGAAACGAGACUAUACAAAACAGAAGCCUUCAUCUUUGUUGUUAUAGCAUCAACUUUAUCCAAUAACCUGGUGAUGCUAUUACAAACAGAUUCACUAUGAUUGUAUAUUUUCCAGCUUUAACGAUUAGACAUCUCACUGUUGCUUUCGGGAUGCGUCGAGACGCAUUCGCUUUCUCAUUAAGUGCGAUGUAGCCAUACUGUAUGCAUCCCAGACCCAUUUGGGCUAGGCUUCUUGAUCACUGCGAAGGGAAGACACUUUAAACAGCUAUAUGCUUUCAACAUUGUGACAACUAUGGAAGUGAUGGACAGGCGUUCAUAUACUUUGGCCCAUGUAGUGCAUCUGUAUUGGAUGAAUUCUGUUUAUUUAGACUUUAAUUUGCUUUGUCCUUUUUUUUGUUUGUUUUUUUUCUUUCUUCUCUCCAUUGCAACUGGCAUUCCAAAGAAAAGACGGAUUCUGAUUCGACUUUCAUGCCUCUAACGCUGCAUAUUCACAGCUACAGCUAAAAUCUAGCAUUUCAGACAAAUCUUGAAAAUGUCAAAAGCAAAGCAUGCGUAAAUAUUCAUGCAGUAUUUCUGUACAGUACAACACACCACUGUAGAUCUUCAGCGAGAAGACAGGGACAAACCUCCUCGGUGUAAAGGUGAUGUAUAUAUGUAUAAAAAUCACGUCAGAUGGAUCGUUGGCUCCCAUAAGCUCUCCACAACACUGUUAGUGUUACAGCUAGCUCUGAUUACGGGGGAACACAUCUCUGAAACAUUACACAGUACAACCCUAGUGUCAUUUGUAAUAUUAUUAAAACUCAAAAAUGAUGUCUGUGCCUUAAUUAUAUCAAUUAUUCCCUUACCUUCUAUUACUCUCUAACCCACGUAGGAUAUCGGUGCAUUAUUUUAGUGCUGUAGGAUUAUUUUAAAUGGUACAUCUGGUUCCAAUUACCUUCGAGAAUCUCAGCAGUGAUUUUCCUACUGGCAUUGGUUAGUGAUACCUUUGUGAGUUUUCUUUUGAUUUGUAAGUCAAAAAAUAUAAACUUUUUAAAGGAAAGGUCUCACAUUCGUGUGUAUAAUUCAUGAUUUUUCUAUAAUUCUGUCUGUUUUUACAUUGUCUUCUCACAUGGAAAAUGAACAAGAUUGUACAAAAUGGUAUUUAUUAAUGAAGU